AUGAUGAUGCCGUAUCAGGAAGGAGGUGUCCCAUAUGAGUCGACUAGUAAACAAAUAGUGCGAGUGGUUGGCGAAAAUGAAAACAUACCGGCUAAAAGUAUGAAAAUGAUAAAGGUAAAUGCAGGUGACCAUGAUGUAGAGGUAAUGCUCAUCAACGAAGAAGAUACUGCGAUAAGGCUGAACAGGGAUCAAUCGGUAGGAGUUAUCCGAGGUGGCCGGAAGUCUACUGAAAACAACCACGAUGUAAAGACACCCAUAACUGCGGAGAUGGUUAAGUAUGGUUCGACACUUUCCAGUGACGAAGUAGACAGAUUAGUGCAAUUAUUAAAUCAAUACCGUGAGUGUUUCGCAUUUAAUUUAAAUGAGCUCGGGUGUACCGAUGUUCUUGCGAUGGAUAUUGUGGAUGAUGGAAAACCAGUGAUGAGCAACCAUACCGAGCCAGCGCAUCUGAACGAGAAACAAUCAGUCGCAUAG